AAGAUAUGUCCAAUCUUUUAAUUGGAUGACCAAAGUUUACCAACAGUCAUGUGUAACAAACUAACCAUGUAACUAUCAGCCCCUGGCAAUCUUUUCUUACAAUGAAAAAAUAUAGAAGUUCAGUGAUUAAUUUAAUAAGUGAUAUUUCUACAUACAAUCUUUUGUUUAAAUGCUUCAAGGUUCUCUCAUUUUGUGGCUAGUUGCGGAAUAUACGGGCGUUGGGUCGGUUGUAUAUACUGUACAUAUUUGUGAGUUGUGAAGGCCAGUCAGUUGUAUGAACUGCAGUUUCAAUAAUUCUAUGCAUGUAAAACGGGAGACAAGUUUGCGCCUUUAAAAUUGAUCUAAUAAGUGCCUGAAUUGACUACCCCAUUCGGAUUUGUUUGGAGCUACAGUGGAAUUAUCGUUGAUGGAUCUAUAUUUGAAAAUAUCAUCAAAAAUGAAAAUGACUUAACUGUAUCUCUAUAGUCAGUAGCGGAAUUUUUCGUAUAUAAUUCCAGCUAGCAAGUUUCGAAGCCCCAUUUGAGCUUUGGCUCUACAACCUGUGUACAUACUUGGGAUUGGUGAGGGUAUCAAGUUAACACAUGUCAGCUGAAGAGGUGGCUCGUGUUACUCCAGACCUGACAGGCUUGUUAUCUACUUCAAUACCACCCCCGGGAUUUUCAGUUGGCGGUUCCACAACUUCAUUGGGUGAUUUGACAAUAACCGCUCCAGGUUCCAGUUCCAUUAACUGCAAAUCGCUAAGUAUUGGUUAUCAUCCUCAUUGGCCUGCUGCACUCCCUGAUCUCAAUCUGUCUGUUUUUCAAGAUGGCGCUCCUCAGCUUCCUGAUACACUCUGUCUAACUGAUGAUGAUGCACUUGAUAUAGCUGCCAACUGUGCUAACUCUACAGGUGUAUGCUUAGAUAUGCAAACAAAGGAGAACAUUGAUGAUUGUAGCUCUGAUUUACCCCAUCACUUUCAUAAUCUAUCCAUAAUCGGUUCUUCUCGGGCUAAUCAGAUCUGGGCUGUUGGUGCAGAGCGUCGAAUAAGUACAACACCUGGAAGUGAUACUGCUGGGGGAAGCAAUUGCAGUUCUGGGCUGCUUUCUUGUUUCGGAGACUCACAUUGUAGUGUUGGUUCAGGCAAUUUCAGUGCCAACGGAGUAAAUUACAAUAGCGCAGCUAGUGGAGAGGCUCAUUCGUUUGCGGGUAGUGGUGUCACUGGGGACAUAACUCCUCUACCCGGACAGCUUGGACACCUCACUGCUUCCAAUGGGACAGCCGUCCCUGGUAGGUUAGAGAACCAACACCCUCAAGAAAACGCUAACAUGGCACCAUUUGAUUUGUUAUCCAUCUGGGAACCUCGCCAAAACAAUUCGCAUCACGUUUGGUUACCUGAUCCUUCACAGGACCCAGUUACAGCAAAUACAACCGUAGGAAAUUGCGCCGCCAGCAGAAAUAAUUGUCAGGAAGAACACGAUAAUCAUAACCAUUUAGGUUUAGGAAUUGAUAAUGGAGCCGAAAAUGAAGUGCUUCCAUGGAAUUGGGAUACAGCUUGUGGUCUAGCGAAUACAACUUCAUGGCGUGAUUUGUUUCCCGAAUGUAAGGACACUGAACCGACUAACUUACCGUAUAACAACUCAGAAACUGAUGGUAUAAACCAUUCAAAUGCACCAGAGUUUGGAGCUCAUGCACCUUCAGCUCUGUGGUCAUCAUCUAUACACAACGUCACAUCAUCUAUGUCAAUUUCAGCAUCUUCGCCUCUGAGCACACAACCUGCCAUUCUUUUUGGGUCUGCAAUGGGCCUUGUUUCGGAAUCGAAUGACAUCGACACCUUACAACAUUCACAUCGAGUUCUUCAAGAUCAGUCUGAUGCAUUUAAUGACGUUACAAUGCCUAGAUCAAAUGCAUCAUUGUUUGCACAAUCUAAUUCUACUUUGAUCAAUUCUCGUUCAACUGCUUUUCGUGGCUCAUCAGUGUCCAAUUCUGAUUUGAAUUCCAUCUCCGAUACCAUUACGUCAAAUCUAUUCCCAUUACCUUCAAGUACAGCCAUGCCAAAUUCAUUGCUUGCUAUUCCUCCACUGUUUCUUUUCGGUCAGUCAGCUGAGUCUGAGUGUUCAGGACUUAUCACACCUUCAGCAAACAUCAGUACUUUGCCAGCAUCAUCAACACCUCUUCAAAUUCCUGUUUCCUUUGUCGGUGGUCAAGGUUCUGCUUUCGGACCACCCUUUCAGCUAAGUGAGGCUCACAUUAUGAAUGAUAUUUAUACAAAAUAUCCAGGUAUUUUGCCGCCACCUGGCUUAUGUGCUGUUAGUUCACCUUCAUCGAGUAAUUGUACUACACCAACUUUAUCCUCAGUUGCGGCCGUAUCAGCCACAUCUUCAGUUUCUCAGUUACCACCAGGAAAUUUCGAAGGAAAUCCACUUUGUGAAUCCAGUGUUGUAAACAAUAAUUUUCCAUUUGGUUAUAAUAUGCCGCCCACAUCUCAACUAAAUAUGAUGGACCCGCAAUCAAUGGCUAUGGCUAUGACACUUUUUAUGUCACAAGGAGGUGCAGCUAAUAAUAAUAAUAACAAUAAUAAUAGUCAAAUUCCUCCACCACUUUCACAAGCACCACAGUGGAAUCAUGUUGCAUUCAUGAUCAUGCAACAAUUAGCUAAUGGUAUGGCAAACAAUCCAGGCUGCGUUGUAUCAUCAGCUUCGAAUGCAGUUAUUGAUAAUAUUACACCAUCCGCAAAUGGUAAUAAUAUCGUAGAUCAAUCACGUCUUGCCGCUGGAGCUUUUGCUUUUUUCCAAGCUCAACAACAGUUAAUGAAUGCUGCACAACAACAACAACGACAUAGUACCGCUCUGAGUGGUGGUAGCGUUGUAUCAAAUAAUUCUUCAAAUUGUAUUGCUCCAACUGUCACUUCGUCGACACCCCUAGUUGCUCCGUUCACAUCUAGUGUUGUCACAAAUUCAUCUAAUUAUUUUGGAGGCCUGUAUUCUUCCGGUUCGGUUGUUGCUGGAUUAAACCCAGGCAACUUUUCGAUACCUAAUGGAAUAAACCUAUUACCACCAGUUGGUCUUCUACACCCGGAAGCAAGUGGUAGUCCCAACUCGGUGUCUGGAGAUGUAUCUAGUUACAGUCGUAUGCCUAUUUCGCAACCUCCUGGAGCUUUAGCUGUUAGCAUGCAUAUUUCUCCAACAUCACCAUCAGGACUUCAAAGACCUCCUUUAUCUGUUUCAACCGGAUUUUCAUCAGCCACACCAUAUCCAUUCAAUUUCGAUGCAUCGAUGCAUAAAAAUCGUGCUUUUGCUGCCGCCUUUGCUGCUGCAUCGGGUGUGGCUGUUACUGCUACCCCACCGCCUGGCAUGGGUCCCAACCCUAAUCUUCGACCUACUGGAGUGAACCAUCCGGCCCUCUUAGGAACUAGAGCUCCAGUUCCACCACCCCUUAUGCCUGUAGUUACUGGUCGUAGUCCUGGUCUAUUAUCUGCCGUACAUUCUCAAACUGUUCAACAAAGUCCAAAUUAUGCUGCUGCUCUUCAAUCACACCAAAAUAUCAACCAGCGACUUCCAGCCCCUUUACUUUCACCACUUCCUUUGACUUUAUCUGGUACUGCUUCUUCAAGGCCUAGUUCGGUUGUUGGUGUGAACAUUACUACAUCUACUCCACUCGUUGUUACCACUGUGUCUAGCCGAAGUCAACUUUUGGAGGAUUUUCGAAAUUCAAGUGCACGAUUCCAACACAUGCAUCUGUCAGAGUUACGUGAUCAUAUGGUCGAAUUCGCCCGUGAUCAACAUGGAUCUCGAUUUAUACAACAGAAAUUAGAGACCGCUACUACCACUGAAAAAAAUUCAGUCUUUAAUGAAAUACUACCACAUUCUGGCAAACUAAUGACUGAUGUAUUUGGCAACUAUGUGAUACAAAAGUUUUUCGAAUUCGGAACAAAAGAGCAAAAAGAACUUCUCUCGCAACGUUUACAAGGUCACGUUGUUGAGUUUGCUACUCAAAUGUAUGGUUGUCGUGUUAUACAAAAAGCAUUAGAAUCUGUACCAGCCGAGGCAAAAAUACACAUAGUUGGUGAACUGAGACCAUUUGUAACACGGUGUGUAAAAGAUCAAAACGGGAAUCACGUUAUUCAAAAAUGCAUUGAAUGUGUUCCACCUUCAGAACUUGAUUUUAUUAUUUCAGCUUUUCGUGGCCAAGUGGUUUUACUUUCAUCACAUCCCUAUGGUUGUCGAGUUAUUCAGCGCAUUUUGGAACAUUGCCUACCGGAACAAACACGUCCUAUUCUUGAUGAACUACACAAAGGUGUGGAACAUUUGGUCAAAGAUCAGUAUGGCAAUUACGUCAUUCAACAUGUUUUAGAACAUGGUUCGAAUGAGGAUAAAUCACGUAUUAUUCAAAGUCUACGUGGUCGUGUAUGUGCUUUAAGUUCUCAUAAAUUUGCAUCGAAUGUUAUGGAGAAAGCAAUUGCCAACGCUGUACCGUCUGAAAGAGCUGUAUUAAUUGAAGAAAUUUUACAUCCAAUCUCUAAUGUGAAUAUUAAUGGAGACGCUUCGUCAGUAACAACUAAUAACAUCUCUUCAUCAUUAGUUGAUAUGAUGAAAGACCAAUAUGCAAAUUAUGUAGUUCAACGUAUGCUAGAAUUAGCUGAUACUGAACAACGUCGUGUAUUAAUUAAUCGGAUCCGUCCUAUGCAAAAUGUCCUACGCAAAUUUAACUAUGGCAAGCAUAUUAUAGCUAAAUUAGAAAAAUAUAACAAUGUAGCCGGGAAUAACAACAGUACUGGGAAAAGCUCAUCUGCAAAUAAUAAUAACAAUAAUAAUAAUAACACAAGUAAUAAUAACAAUACUAAUUUGUCAGUUUCAAAUAAUUCCUCCACCAAUCAUGUUUCUAAAACUUCCAAUAAUAGUAGUAAUAAUAACGGCAGUGGUAACAAUAAUGGCAGUUGUAAUAACACCAACAAUAGUAAUAAUGGUGGGACCCCAGCGGUCAACAAAUCAGCUGGUCCGAACUCUGAAAGCAAUGGUAUGACUACAUCACAACAAAACGAUUCUUCUACUACCACCACAACAACUACAACUACACACAAAUCAUCAAAUGACAAAUCUAAUCAUCGCACGUAGAGUUUAUUACUAUUGCAACUAUGAUAAUCUAUGUUGCUUUAUGCUACUACUACAGUGUAACGACGAACAGGGAUAAGCGAAUCGGAGCACCGUUUAUUAUUAAUUUCUUAUUUGCCCAUAUUCCAAAUACAUUUCUUAGUUUAGUUUUGGCUCUUCAUAUAUAUAUAUAUAUACCGUUUGUGGACCGUUAUAAUUCUCUCAUUUUUUGAAUUUUUUUCUUCAACAACUAGUCGUUCGACUCUGUCGUUACAUAAUGUACACUAACUAGCUUUCUUUCUCUUGUCUUUAUUGUAAAAUACAACACCACACCAACAAUACAUCUCGCUUCUUGUCAUUCAUUACGUGUUUGCAAUCGCUUUGAACUACUACUUGCACAUCUCUACUUCUUCACUAUCAUCAUCAGCACGUAACAUCUUUUUGACAUACGUUUUCUCAUACGGAUCGUUUCAUAGACAAUUAUAACUUGGAAAUUCCCCCAUUCCUCGUUUAUUUAUUUGUUUGUAAAUGUCUCUUGGCUGAAUACAUUGAAAUUAAUUUGUGUAUGUAAGUUUCAUUGUGAUAUGAACAAAGCAUUAUCUCUUAGCUUUAGUUUAAGCUUUUGGUUCAGUGCUUAUUCAUGUAGUGAAAGCCACUCUUUGUAUCUAUCUAUAUAUAUAUAAAUGUAAAUUUUGUUAUUUAACUAGUCCCCUCUGUUUGUCUGCCUGUUUCUUCAAUCUCAAUUUGUUACCGUUGGUAUAUAUAUAUAUAUAUAUAUAUAUAUAUGGUUUGUCUAACUUGAUACACAUGUACAGUGUUCAACCUUUGGAAGUGAGAUUUCGCUGGAUACUAUAUAUCCCAGUUGUAAUUAUAUUUAUAUACAAGGAAAUGUGUGUAUAAUGUAUAUUGAUAGUUUCUUUCGUGGUUUUUCUUGGAUCCUUAUGUGUAUACGAAUUCUGGCAAAAUUAUUUUACACCAACCCAUGUUUUCACCGUCUUCUUUCUUUAUUCAACACUACUUUCAAGUAUCAUCACUUUCGAAUAUUUAUAUUAAUUUUCAGAUUGUACACUUUUCAUUCGUCGAAUAUAUAUAUUCUAUUUACAAUUUAGUCCCAUUAAUUUGAAAUUUACCAAAAUUUAUGGUGUUUUGGUCGCUGUCUUGUAGAAAAUUGAAUUCUUUUUACAAGCUCGCGCUGCAUAUACGGUCAUUCUUUCUUUAAAUCUUCAUAGUCUAACUGAUCAUAUAUACGUAUAUCUAUUUAUAAAUAAAAUUACUUUUCACAUGUUGUGCAUACUAUUAUGACGUGUAUAUUGUGCUUGGAUCUUGUCUUGUUUGUGUCAUCAAUUUCGUAUUUAAAAUUACAUUGUCGAAUGCACUUACUGCUUACUGUCUCAUUAAAUUUUAACACAUGUUCUCCAUCUUUUAUUUGUCCUUUCAGUACUAAAGUUCAUUGACUUGUUAUUCCUCACCUAUGAGUUAUAUAUGUAUGUAAAGUUCUUUUUGAAUCCUUCCUCAUGUCUAUAAGAAAGAGAUGGGUUUGUACAAGUUUUGAUCUUUUGUUGUAUUUGUAUUACACUUGUGUGUGUGAAUUUGUGUAUAUUUACUCAUGCUUUUAUCAUUAGUUAACAGCCUCUUCUUCUAACACUACUUUGAAAAAUUAAUUGCUCUAGGUUAAUUUUCCCCAUCUAGUAGAUAGCUUGUUUACAAAUUUCAAAAUUUUAACUGCCGUACUUAAUAGCCUCCUCUCUCCUUCAAAUACACACAAACAAAUCUCUGUUAUAUAUAUAUAUAUAUAUAUUCAAUUUUGCAUCUGUAAUCGUAACUUUUGUUGGAACUUGAUUUUUCAUUAGUGAUGUCACCAUGCUUGAAACAUCUUAAUAUUCUUGAAAACUUAAUUAUUAGUCCCAUGUCUUAUUGUUUGUCUUAAUGCAUUGUCAUGGGAUUUGUAAAUUAUCUCGUGUACUCACAUAUAAUACAACUGAAUAUUAUCAUACAAUUUAGUUAUUCGUUACCGUUUUUUUUAUAUUUCCCUUAGUAACCAUCUACCUAUUUACGCUACUGAUGGUUAUCAUAAUUUUUCGUAAUAGUGUUAACUAAUUAUUCUCCUGUUUAGUUAUAGUUACUGACUACUUCAGAAAUAUAUUUAAUUCAAUUUAUUUGAAAAUGAUAGGAAAAACUGAUGGUGUGAUUUCCUUGAAUGUUGACUUGAAUCAUGUAGCGAAGAGGUGUCAGUGUUGGCGGUAGUAAUAACACGUAACCCAUUCACAAUAAGACUCUGUGAUCUGCAGGACCCGCGUUUUAACCUAUUUAGAACUCGUCAGUUGAGUGUCCUGCACGUAUACCAAAACAUUGAUCAACAGCAGCUUAUAAACAUUCAAGCAACCAAUGCAAGUAAAUCGGAGUAUUGAAUUUUGUAUGGAUCACGUGACAAUAUUUUUUUGCAGUUGACUGAUCACUAAGUAGUGGCCAUUGUAUUUGUUUAGUGCUGAUUGGAUUCUCUCAAUCAAGAUGCAAUAUGGGCACUAAUAUAGUGGACGACAUUGUGUGUGCUAUGUUUUUAUGUUAGAUUGACUGGGAUUAGCUGACAACUGGAAAAAAGUCGAACCUAUGAUGAUGGACUAUCAUAGUCUCUACGUUCAAAGUAAUCUCUAAUUAGUACCAGUGAACUUUCUCAACUGGUACUUUUGUGACUUACUUUCUCUUUUUUUCUUCGCCUCAUAUUUUCCUUUCUUCCCGUAGACGUAAUAAUGUAAUUUCUCGAAAGUCGUCAACGUAGGGCCCAGCACAAAUAUGCGUUGGCCCCAAUUGUCAUGCCAUAUUAUCACAAUGAGAUGAGUGGCCUAAGAUAUUGAAAUAAUGUAGUAACAAUGAUAAUUAAAAAGGCUAAGCAUCGAAAAUAUUGUUCAAAAAGAUCAAAUAUGGAGGUAAGUAUGAAGUAAUACUGUAAUUUUAAGAUGAAAAUCGAAUACUUUGCACCAUUUUCUUCAAUCCUUAUCCAAAGCUUUCAACGAACCAUCAGGCGAAUUUAUGAUUUUUUGUUUUUUGAAAUUGUUUCAAAACAUAAUCCUUAGUUCAUUUAUUAAUGCUUCGUUGAUAUUUUCCCUGAAUUCUUACGUGUAUAUCAAUGCAGUAGUAGUGGGACAUGUAGUUGUAACAUUCAGUCAUUUGUGUUUCAUUGAUUUGAAUUAUUUUUCAUUUUGGUCUGUAUUUUUUUCAACACAUCAACUGAAUUUUAAAAUCAAUUUAUGCAUAGUUUACAUUCUUUUCUUUUUUAGAUAAUUUGUGAUAUAUGGAUCAGUGAGAUAUUUAUAAGACCUGAUUAGAGUUAUCCGUUAAUUAUACUUGUCUGUAUAUAUUUCUAAGACAUACUUAUGUUUUUGUGAACAUGACCAACAACAUCAACUCGAUCAAACUAGUAGAAUGUCGAUAAUUCUCCACAUCAUA